AUGGACAAAGAUACUAAGGAAAAAUAUGAAGAGAAACAACAGGAAGCCAAGUGUCCUGGUAACCUGAGCACAGGAGCUGCAGAUAAAAGGAGACAUCUUAACCACAAGGUGGGCAAGAGAGCUGGCCACAGGAUCAUAGAUCCUGGACCUCAACUGGGCAGCAGGGUAGAGCUGGCACUGAGUCAGAGCUUUGAAUUGGUCCACCCCAACAUCGAUCCUUUCGAUGAACUGCUGGAGUGCAUGAAGGGGGUCAGUCCUGCAGAUCCAAAACUACAGAAUCUCCAUGACACGACCAACAAGAUAUCCCAGAGGACCCCCAACUCCAAGAGCAAUGCCCAAAAGACACUGGCCCCAGAGAGGAAGAGAGAGUCAAAACAGUCCCUCAACCACAGAAGAAGACUGGAAACUGACAAACACCAACACUAUGGAUCCAAGCAUCUUCCAGGAAUGUGUGCAGUCAGCUCCUGGGAAGGACUACCAGGCUCCCUGACUUGUAGGGCUGGAUAUUUGGUGAUCAGCAGAAAAAGCAACUGGAUUGGCUUUUUAAGGCCGGCCCGCCGCCGCGGGACACUGGCGAGCGCAGAGAACCGGGCCCGGCGCGUCGCCGGCGUCAACGUGCCCGACGUCCGGCGCGUCGGCGCGAGCGUCAGCACCGCCCCCUGCCAACCCCCUGCCGAGACAAGGCAGUCGGUGGAAUCACAGGUAAAGAUCUCUGUCAGAUGUGUGCAGUUUACAGUCCUGCUUCCGUGCUGUCACAUCAAUGCAUAUGAUGUCACCCAAACGCCGACGUCAUCCGAGUACUCGCCCCCCAAAACCCAAGGACUCUACGGAGUCGCGCCAGGCCACCAGCAGAAGCGGAAAGUGCUGACAGCUGGCCUUGCUGUGCACUCUCUGGCAAGUAGCCUGGCCCCUCAGAACCUCAAGCUCCUUGUCUAUAGAGCAGGGGUGGCCAUCUCAGAUGCUGGGAGGGCUGAGUUGGGAAGACCAAGAAGAGUCUACAACGACAUCGAAGGAUCAAAAAGCGACGUCCCUGUGAAUGCUGGGCCACCACAGGCCAGUUAUCCCUGUGGUAACUUUUCUGACACUUCCUGCUUAAAACCCCAAAGGUUUCUGUCCUCCCUGAACUCGCCUUGGGACACCUGCAUCACCAUUUGGCGGGUGUACAGUCCCAGUCAAACUCCCCACCUGGCACUGUCCCUGCGCUGCAUGAGAGGACCUGUGCUUGGCACCAGAGCAGGCAAACUUAGAGACAGAAAGACAGAUGUUACACAGCAGCGGUUACACAACAUCUUUCCUGAAGAGACAUGA